UUUUACCGGAACUUAUACACAGGAAGUCUAAUUCUUGCUAGCUUCACGGAGCUGCAAAGUUAACGUGUACGUACUGAUAUUUGAUUGGAGUCAUUUCCAGUUGGCUACAAUGGAUUAUUCAGAGACUCCAACUGAGUUCAGACAUCGUAAGUUACAGCCCAAAGUCAGGAUGAGGAACGCAACGGCGGAGGCGGGAGACCCUACCCAGCUGUUUGAGGACACCAGCGCGGGCGCGCGGUCCGCCAGCUACAGGGGACAGGAUGGGGCAGGUUUGGGGUACCCUGCCCAGACCCUGCUCUCCGACCCCAUGUCCAACCUCGCCAUGGCCUACGGGAGCAGUCUAGCCAGCCAAGGGAAAGAAAUGGUAGACAAAAAUCUUGACCGGUUCAUCCCCAUUUCCAAGCUCAAGUACUACUUUGCGGUGGAUACUGUUUACGUGGGGAAAAAACUGGGCCUCCUCGUCUUCCCGUAUAUGCACCAGAACUGGGAGGUGAGCUAUCAGCAGGACACCCCGGUGGCACCUCGAUUUGACAUCAACGCCCCUGACCUCUACAUCCCUGCGAUGGCUUUCAUCACUUACAUCCUGGUUGCAGGUUUAGCGCUGGGAACUCAGAACAGGUUUACCCCGGAGAUCCUGGGCAUGCAGGCCAGCUCAGCCCUGGUGUGGCUCAUCAUCGAAGUGCUGGCCACCUUGCUCAGCCUCUACCUGGUGACCGUCAACACGGACCUCACCACCAUCGAUCUUAUUGCCUUUUCGGGGUACAAGUACGUGGGAAUGAUCGUGGGCGUGGUGGCAGGGCUUCUGUUCGGCAGGACCGGAUAUUACUUAAUGCUGCUCUGGUGCUGUGCGUCCAUCUUCGUGUUUAUGAUCCGAACUCUGAGGCUGAAGAUCCUGUCGGAGGCGGCGGCGGAGGGCGUCCUGGUGCGGGGGGCGAAGAACCAGCUGCGCAUGUACCUGACCAUGACCAUCGCAGCCGCGCAGCCCGUCUUCAUGUACUGGUUCACCUUCCACCUGGUCAGAUAGGAGGAAACGGGCGGCGAGAAAAGGGGACGGGCACACCGAACAGGGCACUACCUCCUCCCUACAAAAAGACUCUCCCCCCCCUCCCUCUCCGGACUCCGAGAAACAAGACGCUAGCAUGCAGAACAAAAUUUUUUUUAAAUAUCGUAGAUGCAGGAUUGUUGAGUUUCACAGCACAAAUGAUCAACAUCUCAACUUUUUUUUGUAUUGUCAUCUUUUUUUCUUUUAUGUAAAUGUUAAAUGGUUAUAAAAUUGAUACCACUUUUUCCAUGUGUAGUAGCCUAGAAUGUCCAGUGCAAUUUUUUUUUUUUUUUUUUUUUUGUAACUUAAUUAUUUCUGUUUUUUAAAAUGUAUUCGAACUGUGAUCGGGAACCCUGAGUGCAGUUUGUGUGUUGGGUUCUAAUGGUUUUGAAAGAAAAAAAUAAUUGCAAAUGACGGGAGUGAGCACAGUCACAUAGGCUUCAGUCUCAAGACUCAACACCACGGCAACUGCUUGGUGUAAAAGCUUUUUAAUCAACGGUUGGCAACGAACAAACUAAACAACAUGUCCGUCUGUCCUUGAAAAUGUGUCUGUGAAGUGAAGGUGAAGUUGAACUUCACUGGUGUGGUCAUAUUAAUUUCGACCUGCUGCUGGUCUUGGGCGGUAGAAAUGCUUUGCUGAAAUGAUAUCGCGGUCUCUGGAACAGGAGAGCUAAAAUCAGGACGGUCAGGUAAGACGAAGGCAGACGCUCUCCUCGGAGUGUCACGUCUUUCCUCGUCAGGUUCGUCUUACUCUAACAUUUCAGGAGGUGACGCGUUUCUGUGACUUGAGUAAUAUGUGCCAUCUGUUCUGAGCACACGCAUGGAUAAAGCUAUGACAAUUUCCCAGAUGCUUGUACUGAUGCUUGAAGUGAAGGCCAAAAGAAAAAACACACUACAGGAAAAGGGAGCCCAAUUCUGUCCGUGAAGUUUUUUUUAAUGUGAUCUCAUUUGAUUUGGUUAAUGGGCCAUUGUUGCUCAUAUUGUUUAAUGAAGUGCUCUAGGAUUGACGGCUCCACACAGGCCUGUGUUUGAGCUUGCAUUGUAGCUUGGUUUCAGUAUAGGCUCCACACAGGCCUGUGUUUGAGCUUGCAUUGUAGCUUGGUUUCAUUAUAGGCUCCACAGAGGCCUGUGUUUGAGCUUGCAUUGUAGCUUGGUUUCAGUAUAGGCUCCACACAGGCCUGUGUUUGAGCUUGCAUUGUAGCUUGGUUUCGGUAUAGGCUCCACAGAGGCCUGUGUUUGAGCUUGCAUUGUAGCUUGGUUUCAGUAUAGGCUGCACACAGGCCUGCGUUUGAGCUUGCAUUGUAGCUUGGUUUCAGUAUAGUCUCCACACAGGCCUGUGUUUGAGUUUGCAUUGUAGCUUGGUUUCAGUAUAGGCUCCACACAGGCCUGUGUUUGAGCUUGCAUUGUAGCUUGGUUUCGGUAUAGGCUCCACAGAGGCCUGUGUUUGAGCUUGCAUUGUAGCUUGGUUUCAGUAUAGGCUGCACACAGGCCUGCGUUUGAGCUUGCAUUGUAGCUUGGUUUCAGUAUAGUCUCCACACAGGCCUGUGUUUGAGUUUGCAUUGUAGCUUGGUUUCAGUUCAGAGACGGGACAGGGGCUGCUGAAAUAAUAGCAACCAUAUUAGUGCAGCCCAGACUGGCUGUUGUGUUAGAACUUUCUGCUAAGCAGUAAAGUAAUAGGACUUUUAUAGUUCUGCAUGCAACAAACAUCUGUAUUCUUUUGGUGCUUCCAUUCUGAGAUCCAAUCACAGCUCAGUAUGACAAACUGCCCCGAGAUCAGAAGAGAGUGAAGAUGAUGUUUGGAAUGCUCAGGAUUAGCACUGAGAAUUGCACCUUUGGUGGAACACCAUUACUUAAGGUCUAUAUCCAAACCCAUCAUUCAGAACUUGAAAAAUCAAAGUCAGAAUUAAAGCCGUUCAUUGAAAAUGUCUUUGAGCCAUUUGUACAUUGAUACGAACUUAAAUCAUGAGGUUAAAUUCCCAUCCUGACCAACUUGCAAAGAAUUGGUUACCUCGAGAUGUGUUGCCACUGUGCUAGACAGCAAGUGUUUCAGUUGCAGCCAGUGCUUUAAACUGUCUUCAGACCAGCGGUGUGUUUUUUACAGCUGGGUUUUAGGAAAUUGUAGUUCUGUAAUUAAAUUAAGAAGGUAGCUGUUUAGGCUUGUUUCAGCCCUCAACAUGGAGAGUUAGUUUGCUUACGAAGCCAGCCAAUAUGUUUGGUGAAAAUGCUUCAGCUGCAUGCAGUUGGCCUUAUAUUACAUCAUCUCUCCACAGACUUGCAAGCUAGGGCUUUUUUUAAGAGUAGGUUGUUCACAUGACCAGAGAGUAGUGUGGCAUUGUGGGUAGUAGACUAGACUUGCAACCAUAAUGCAUAAUGUAGGCAAGUGUCCUUGUUGGGUUUUUUAAAUCCUCAAGCAAGGCACUUGGGCAGAACAGGAAAUAUACAGCUACUAGGUAAUGUUUACUUAGGUAAGGUUACUAGGUAACUUGCAUAACUCAUUCCACAUUGAGGGUUCUGCUAAGCAAAUCUGAUUUCCUGUACCCCUGAAAUGCGUCUGCUUUGGUUUUCUGCUGUACCCAGAAAGCUGCCCGCCUACAUGACCUUCUUGCCACCAAAUUAAAUGGUUGACUAAAUGCCACUUUCAAAUCAAAAGAGCAGCUUAAACACACAACCUUUAAAAAAAUAAAAAAUACAAUGCCUGAUUUGUGCUUCUGCAAGUCCAGUUCUGUGAUUGUGGUGUACAUGAACUGUGCAUAUGGUGAAAAUCCUGUGAUGUUUUGUAAAUGGUAUUUAUACUUAGAAUCAGACUGCCACAAUAAAGACUGAUGAUAUUUGUUAA